AUGACUUUCGUCAUCGUCAGCGCUAACCAGGACUGGGCAACACAGGAGAUGGUUGCCGAUGCUGUUUUGCUCGCGGGCUGCACUUCGAAUGGCAUGAGUGGCAUCUACCUGCUGUCCUUGAGGUACAAUGCCCCAGCUGAUUCGUUCACUACGGCGCCCGGACAAGUCAACACGCUUAUCGCGCAUUCCAUCCAUAAUGUGUCACAGACAGGGAAUGGAACAACUUUGGAGGUGCGUGCCGGCUACAUGGGACUCUGCGUGGGGCAAGUAGAGCAGGCCCUCGAUGAGGUCCGCGUUUGCUCUAGCAGUGCGAAAACAUUGGCCAAGUUUAUCUCGGCGGAGACAAAAACUGUCACCCAUGGGAUUUCUAGCAUAGAGACAACACCAGACCCGCUCAACUUGAUUAUGGUUGCAGAGGAGUUUAGACAAAAAAUUGUCUUUGAUGGAUUCAUAUAUCUUACAAUCGUGGUGUGCCUCGUAGCAUUUGUUCUACUGUCUACAUUCCCUGCCUGGCACGAAGAGAGAGAUGAAGAUGGUUCCGUUGUCGAGGUUAAGCCGUUCCCAUCACGCCCGGUAACCCAGGCCAUUGCCAUCGCAUUGGUGGUCGGAUUCGGACUUGGGCUUGUUUCCAUAUUAUGGCAGCACAUCAAUAGUAGCUCUACUGCAUCGAUGGCCGAGACCCUCACGUAUGGUGCCGUUUCGGGCCACGUUGGAGCAGGCGCAAUGGCGCUUGGUUGGGUUGCAAUAGGUAUAAUCGGAGUCGUGGGUCUUGGAAUCGUUGCCAUGAUUAUGAGCAUUUCUCUCAUUCGACUAUCAACUGACGAUGAUUGA